AUGUGGUGUUCCAAGAUAAGGCAAACGCUUGCUAAUUUGAGUCCACAAGCAGGAAAUGUGAUACAUCCAUUUCCUCUCAGGCAAACAAAACAGUCCGGCGUCACAAAAGCGUUGCUUCUGCUGCUAAAUCUCAAACAUUCAGAAACCCAUUGCUCCACUGUGGACAUACCAUUUUAUAUUUAUCAUUUGGAUGUUAUGGAUAAAAACAGUACUUACUCUCCGAUCACAUGGCCACCAAAGUUUUGGGAGCAGAUAACAAUAGCCUUCACAGUGUCCAUGCUGGUCGGACUGGUGACUGGAGGGAUCAUCUGGGCUUUGUUUACUUGCUUGUCCCGUCGCCGAGCUAGUGCCCACAUUUCCCAGGGCAGCGCCUCCUCCUACAGCCGCCGGUCCAGACCCCCCUCCCAUGGCCACACUGCCAGCAGGAGUGGAUUUUAUCGCAACAGCAGCUGUGAACGUCGGAGCAACCUCAGCCUGGCCAGCCUCACCUUUCAGCGGCAAGCGUCCCUGGAGCAAGCCAACUCCUUCCCCCGCAAGUCAAGCUUCCGGGCGUCCACCUUCCACCCCUUCCUGCAAAGUCCUCCCUUGCCAGUGGAAAUGAACAGUCAGCUGAUCACCCUGACCCCCACAAGUACCACCACAACCCUUGUGGGAAGUACCACCAACAGUUUAAGUCGACCUGAAUUCCACUGGUCUAACAACAGCCUCCGCAUCUGCCACUCCACGCAAACCCCUCCUCCUGCCUAUGAAACCAUCAUAAAAGCAUUCCCAGACUCCUGAACUAGUUUCUUGAUAGGAACACACUCAUGAAUUUUAAGAGGAACCUCAAUCAUCUCCAACGAUUUUCUGUGCGUGCUGAGGAUCUCUGAGGAGUCUCCUGUUGCUGUGGCAUGUUGCAGAGGGGACGUACAUUGCUAAGAGGCGGCUAGCACUGAUUUUUAGAGCAUGAUAUCCUGCUGGCCAGGGAGUCACCUGUCUUCCAUGCCACCAGCCUCAAUUUACUGAUCUGAGAUAAACUUAUGUAUUUAUACUACUGUAUCUUUAAUUACAACCUUUGUAUCUUUUAGUUUAGAGGAAAGAAAAUGCUGCCACAUAAGAAACUGAUCAUUUCUUGAAGAAACAGAUCAUGUUAGGAAUUAUUGAUACAUACAUUUCUGCAAAUUUCACUUGUGGCUUCCUUUUUAAUGAAAGAAGUUCUGACUUUAUAUAUUUUCUCAAGGAUGUUAGAUUUUCACUGAAUACAUCCCAUUAUCCACAUUCUUCCUAUAAUCACAGAACAGCUUCUAUCUGAGGAACCUUAGAAGCAGACACUGAAGUAGAUUUAAUGUCACAGAUCUAUUGAUGGUAGCAGGCAUCCUUUUUUGCUGAUUGGAGAAGAUUUAAAAGACUCUAGGUCAGGCCUGUUUGUAUAACAUUCCCUACAGUAUGGGAGAAAUGUUGAAGAGGAGAAAGUACAAAAUGCAUGGUAACAAUUAUAAAGAUUUUUUAGUCUGCAACCAGCAGAGCAGGUAGUCCCAUUUUAAUACCUAAUAAGGCUGUACAGGAGCUGAACUCCUGAUGUUUCAUUUUUCUAGUUCUGGUUAUCAAGACAAGCAGUAGAAAUGACAACUAUUUUUUAAUUGUUUCCUGUUUUGCUAUGGGAUUACUCAUUUCCUUACUUCAAAUUGUAUUUUUCAAAUUGUACCAAGUACAAUUUACAGUUUAAUGCUUCCGGGCAAGUUAUUCACUGAAAUCCUGUGUUUCACUAAAUCUAUAUUUUAGACAGCUGCGGCUGAAUACGAGGAUUGUACAAUUACCUGGAAUAUGAAGAAAAAGAUGGAAUAUUUAGUUGAGGCUAAAGUAUCUUCUUGACUGUUCUACGUGUACAUUAUGUCAAGCUAACCCCCGACUUAGUAGAGACUAAUUGCACUGAUGUGAGAAGUUAAGGAUUUGGAAAUCGUGCAGACAAACAGGGUAUGAUUUAAGUCUUCUCGGAUCAUUUUCCCGUUAAAUGUUUUGUGUUCAAAGGAAAGGAAAAGAAUUUCCACAAGCAGAGGAACAGUCCUAUCCCUCACUUACAAGUAAGCCUCUCAUUCUUAAAAGGGCUGGCAAUUACUAGCUGCAGCACUCCUGAUCCUGAGGGGAGCUGCUCUUUUGCCUCUGUUCAGAGCCUCAGUCCUCCCCUGUACUCGGGCAGGGAUAACGGUUUGGCAGCUUUCAAGAACAGGCAAAAUGCUUAAUAUCUUACCUUCCAGGCUUUCAGUGAUUUGCCAGCAUGCAUCCCUGUGCAGAGUUCAGCAUCCUUCGUGUAGCACUAAUAUUGACGUCUUAACUGUAAUCUUCCAGCCUGAUAUCUUUUCAUUUGCAAAUAUUGCUACAAACAUUGAGCUACAAGCAUUACUUAUUGUAAAGUACAAGUACUCCUUAUUGUAAAGGCAAACAAUUUUGCAUUUAUCUACUGACAGGCUUCUGCUAUUUUAUUUUUAGUGUGCAGCUUUUUCCCUUUUAGAAGGCUGUAUGUCAUUGCUAGAACAACCAUUUACAGGGUUUACAGAGCAUUUCAUUGCUGACCCUAGGGGUUCUGGUAUACUAAGGACUUGCUGAUAAGAGUGUGAAACUGCCUUUUGCUGUACUAGGCUACGGACCUACAACAAUGGCCUUCUGGAGAAAAAAAGUUGCAUUAUUGCAUUCAUUAAUAAUAUUUUUUCAUUUAGAUUUUUAUUCAGUUUGGUAAAAUUUAUUGCAUUUGUAAGUACUUUCACAGUGUCCUAGCUCUGGAAUAUUUGAUGCCAUUUAUUCUAAAAUGCCUAUAGAAAACAGAAUCCAAGCCUGCUCACUUUGCUUAUUGAAUUUGGUGGGCUGUUUGAAGAGACAACUUGGCCUACCAUAUGUACCAAGCUGGCCAAAAGUGUUUGUUCCUGGACAAUGAAAUCAUUUUAGAGGAGUAAAUUUUUACUCUCCGUUUAUAAAUGCACAUUACAUUACAGUAGAACUUUCCACAUCAUAUUAUUACUUGUAUUAUACUAUAUUUACUAAGCAAUAUAGAAAGGAGAGUUUAAUGUACUGUAUUUUUUCCUCCUGAAAUCUGCACUGGAUAUAAAAAAAAAUUUAGGUCUCCUAGAUUAGGGAGAUUAAAAGCACAGAUUGUUUGGUGCAUAGCUAGUAUGGCUGUCAGAUACCUAAUUAACAGUUUAAACAGUGACUGAAAUGAAUAUUUUGCAAGCACUCUGGAAGCUUCAGAAUGUGAAAUAAAGUUAGAUGUUAUAAUCUCUA